CCCUUUCAGGUUCGAUACGGCCAAUUGCAAAAAUGAGUGAAAUACAAAAUACGAAAUAACAAGUUGAAAAAAAAAACUCGGAACAAUCGUUGUGCACCUGACGACUGUCCCCUUCGGAAUGAAAACAGGCUAAUCGAAUGUCGAGAUGGCGACCGAAGAGCAUAAACGCCUGUCCGAUGUUGUGAAGGAAACUCAUCUCUCGUUACGCGCCGAGUGUCGUCGAUAUGGAGCCCAGACGGCGUGGGAGCGUCAUAUGGCGCGAAAUGAUGUUUUGCAGAAAUAUGCGGCAUCCAUGCAAAAGUUGGCCACCGAAUGCUGGGCGGAUAACAAUUUAAACUCGAGAAACGGAACCUACUGCAGAAUGGAGUGGAUAAAGACUCAGUGCAAGGACUACUUUCUCAAUGGCGGUAAAGAGAAGUACGACGAACGAGAGCAGGACAUAAGUACAAAGAUCAUCCUGGAGAAGACCAGUGAUGAAGAUCGCAAAACUCAGCAGGAGCCAACACACGUUAACGAUAGGUUGCAAAAGUUUCACGAACGGAAGAUAUCCAUCCUGGAUGUAGGUAGCUGCUACAAUCCGCUGAGCGUUGACGAUGCGUUCGACGUCACCGCGAUAGAUCUCACGCCUGCAGCGGGAGUCCUUCGAUGCGAUUUCUUGAACGUCGCGAUUGGAAGGGAGACCGUUCUCUCGCCAGACUCGCGCGAAAUCCAUCAGCUAUCCGCAAGCUCGUUCGAUGCAGUCGUGUUCUCCCUGUUACUGGGAUACAUGCCGUGCCCGAGGCAGAGGUACACCUGCUGCAGGAACGCGUACGACGUGCUGAAGAGCGGCGGCGCGUUGAUCAUCGUGAGCCCGGACUCGAAACACGUCGGCGCGAACGCAAAGCUGAUGAAGUCCUGGCGGUACACGCUGAGCAAGUUGGGAUUCAUGAGGAUCAGGUACGAGAAGCUGCGUCACAUUCACUGCCUGGCAUUCAGAAAGUGCCGGUGCAAGGCGGUGGCGACGCGGUGGGCCGAUCUGCAAUGUUUCUCCGAGGACGAGGAGAAGUACAUGUCUGAAACGGAAAUGUUCAUUCCGCAAGAUUUUCAAGAUAUUUGUCCCCAGGGGAGGCAAGAAGACUUGGACAAAUACGAUGAAACCGAAUUAGUGGACGUAUUCUCGGAAUUGCCGUUUGACGAUGAAGCGCCAAGUGAUUUGUGAACGUUCACGUGGAUUAAAAUAUUUUGCAGGUGUUUCAUACGCAAAUUGGAGUUUUACAGUUAUUAACUACGUAUUAUUUAUGUAUACUAUGUAAUAUAUGUAUAUAUGUAAGAAUUUCAGA